UUUUUUAAACUUAAGAAUCAUGUAAAUUCGCGAUAUUCAAUAGAAAAUGCCGUGAUUAUUUGACACUUUAUAUACUUGCCUGUGUUUGUCAGCUGGUAGAAAGAAAAUAUAUGAAAUGGAUCAAGUUCUAGAACAAGUUAAGCAGUAUGACAUCAAGACUUUGCGAGAAAAACUGCUGGAAAAUGGUAUCAAAGUUGGUCCCAUUGCCCCAUCGUCAGCUUUCUUGUUUCAAAAGAGAUUGGCCAAACAUCUAUUUCUACAGCAAGGUGGAAAACUUGAUGAUGAAGAUGGAGAGCCAAAACCUAAUUUGGCUUGUCCCAAACCUGUGAUUGAAAGGCAAGAACCUGCCUUCAGUUCAGAAUUGACAUCAAAAUUGGCUCCAGAUCAGGCAGAUGUAUUUUACGCAGUUUGCCUCCCAGAUCAUGACGAAGUAGAUGGAGCAGUCUUACCAGAGGGGGAGCGUGUUUUUACAGAAAAAACUUUGGCCCUCAAUCUGGCCAAAAAAGUUAAAGGUUCCAGGUUCAAAGUUUUUAAAAGUCAGCAUGAUGCCUCAGUUUUCUCAAAACUAAAGGCAGAUUCAGUGUUGGCAUCACCUCGUAGACCUAAGGAGGAUGGGAAGGAGAACAAGGUGUCAACAGAGAGUUCUCCAUUUAAAGGUCCUAAGCCCCAGGAUUUGGCUCAACUGAGAAGAUGCAUAGAGUUGGGAGAUGUAGAAACAUUCAAAAGCACAGUUUGGAAUAAUCCUCGCUUUCUUGUCAGCAGUGGAGACACCCCUGCCAUAUACCAGGAAGGGCCAAGGUACACAGCAAUGCAUGUAGCAGCUCUGAAAAAUCAGCCGGCAAUGUGUCAGGCCAUACUUGACAUCCUGGAAGACCCAGAGUUUGUUAGAAUGCUGUACAGUCUGAGUGUAAACACAGAGGAGUCUAUGAGUAGCAGGGUCAACUUCCUUGUAGACAUGUACCUCAAUAUGCCCGAUAAAGGGAACUGUGAUGCCCCUCUUCAUAUGGCCUGCAAGUUUGGAUUUGAUAAGGUGGUGGAGGUUCUGGCUGCUCAUCCCAAAACUGACAAACAGCUGAAAAACAAGUGGGGUGACUCGCCAAGAGAUUUAAUUUGUUCAAGAUGUAGCGUAUCAUCUACAGCCUUGAGGGAAAGGAUAGGAGCGCUUUUGCUAGGUCAGUGUUAUGUGCCACUUAUCCGAUCGGAAGACAACACAUCGACCCCUUUGAUUGGUCAACCAUGGUCACCUGACGUGACCAUGUCCCCACUAGACAAUCCCCGAGUCCCCUGUAGCCCACGGGAGUCCCCAAUGUCUGUGAGGGCGUGUGCUGGGCCCAUGUCCCCGUCUGAUGCAGAGAUAUUUCACAGGAAGUGGACAACGCCCCCGGCCCAGAGUCCCCACAAGGAGGAAUACUUCAACUUGAAACGUAGCGACUCUGAGAAGGGAUAUGAGAGGAUCGGAAGAAAGCUGGCUUCUGAGAUGCACAUUCCUUGGAAUGAAUACUGGGAGUUCUUGGACCAGUUUGUGGAUGUCACCUCUCCUCAGGGGCUCCAGGCCCUGGAGGAUUUCCUUGCCAGGCGGGUCUGGGCCACCUUCGUACGGGAGUACAAGGACAAGCACUGUAUAGUGGACGACGUGUUGGAUUCUGGGCUACAAUCUGGGCUAGUUACUCCUGUUGUGGAUCGGAGUAGGGUGAGCUCAUCGUCCCAAAAUUCGGCAAAGUCACUUUACCAUGAUUUUAUGAGAGAAAGCAAGAAAAGCAUGGACAGUUUUGAAGAUUCUGUAAAAGAUGGGGUUGAUGAAGUUGAUGGUGCUGUAGGUGAGGUUGUUAAAGAAAGUAAUGAUCAGAAGGCUGGUGAUAGUUUCCUGUCAGGUAGUGAUGUUGUAAGUCCAAUGACAAAUUUGGCCAAAAAAUUUGCGAAAUUGAAUUUCUUGGAUGAAUCUUUAAAAGAUCAAGAAUCCAUAGAUGAUGGAAAUCAAAGCAUGUCUAAACCAAAUGACAGCAAUGAUGAGUCUGACAAUAUAACUGAUUUCAAUAGUAAUGUUGAACAAAAGAGUGAAAAACAAGCAAGUUCAGUGCAACCUGACUCUGACAAACAAAAUGACAUAAAAUCAGUGGCUGAUACUGUUAAUGAAGAAGAAGAUGGUUCCAACACCGUGGAAAGUAAAACAACUAAAACGAAAAUUGAGAGUAUAGAACAAAAUGAUGCUAGCACUAGUGAAGAUCAAACCAUAAAGAAUAAGCCUGAACUACAACUUGCAAGAAUCAGAUCAAUUAGCUCAGGAUCGACAGGGUCGUUCCAGACAGCAGUGGAUGAAUCUGAUUCUAGUCAGUCUUUCUGUAGCCAGAUGUCAGAUCCAGGGUCAGACGUGGUGUGUGUGCGAAUAAGUUGUAGCAAGGCCUUUCAGACAUUACUUGACUAUGUAAAUGACUAUUUAAGUGAGAACUUUGCAAACUCCAAGGCCAGUACAAACUCCAAUGACUCGAGUGACAUAGAAACCAGUGUUCAUUUUAUUCUACAGUGGAAAUUGCUAAAAGGAAACGAAAGUCAGACAGUGAGUAUAGUAUCGUUGGAUAUCUCAGAUCUACCUCAAAAACUGUUGUUGCUGGAGAAUGUGGGUGUGGCCGCUGUGGAAGGGGACAUUACCAGCAAGGCUGAAGGGGAGGUAGUUGAGAUAGGGGCAUCCAGUGGUGAGAAGACGACUGUGAUGGCUUAUCUUACCAGGGCAGAGACACUGCCAAAGUGUGGAUACAUACAUGGCCCUCAGCCGACGCGGGAAGACCUAGAUGUGUGCCGUGCCCUCAGUAAUACUCUAAUCACCCCUGACCAAUUCCCUAACACCUUCCAUUGGAAACUGGCACUGAACAAGUUCUUAAAAGACACCAACUACAGAUGGCAGAGUCCAGCCAAGCUGAAGUCCCGGUCUAGAAUGUCGCCCCAACCCUCUCCACGGGCGAAGAGGAGUCCUGUUAUCCAGUAUGGGAGCCCACUGGGGCUGGCCCCAUCCCAGAGAAGCAACUACGUCACUGGUGACAUACGCACAAAACUGUUUCCUUCAAUCACUGAAUGAAUACCGUAUAUAUUGUAAUAAAAUGUGUUCAGUUGCUCAAUGCAACAACAUUAUUGGAGACAUACGCACAAGACUGCUUAUGUUAGAACUACUUCCUUAAUUGUUUCCUUCAAUCUGUGAGUGCUUAGAAUGCAUAUUGUUAUAAAAUGUUUUCAGUUGCCCAAAGCAACUACAUAGCUAUAGAACAUAUGCACAAAAUUGUUAAUGUUAAAUGUUCCCUUUUAUCACUGAGUGAUUACAAAUUGUCUUGAAAUGUGUUCAGUUGCCAAGCACAACUACAUCACUGAAGACAUACUCACAAAAUUGUUAAUGUUAAAAUAGUUUCUUUUAAUCACUGUCAGAGUGAUUAUAUAUUGUAAUAAAAUGUGUUCAUUCGCCCAACACAACUUCAUCACUGAAGACAUAAGCAAAAGAGUGUUUCCUUAAAUCACUGAGUCAAUACAUAUACACAUGUAGUAAUAAAAUGCAUUCGUUUGCCCAAACGCAACUACAUCACAGAAGGCUUAAGUACAAUGUUGUUAAUGUUUAAUUAUUUACUUCAAUAACUAAGUUAAUACAUAUUGCCAUUAAAUGAGUUCAAUUUCCCAUCGCAUCUACAUCGCUGGGACAUAUGCACAAAUUGUUUAUGUUAAUUGUUUCCUUCAAUCUCUGAGUGCGAACAAAUUGUAAUAAGAUGUGCUCAUUUGCGCAGAGCAACUGCAUCAUUAGAGACAUGUGCACAGAACUAUUUCCUUCAAUAACUGAUUGAAUAUAUAUUGUAAUAUAAUGUGUUCAUUCGCCCAGCACAACUACAUCACGGUAGACUUACACACGAGACUAUUCCCUUCAAUCUCCAAGUUAUCAUAUAUUGUAAUAAAAUGUGUUCAUUUGCCCAGCACAACUACAUUGCUACAGACAUACAUACAAAACUGUUAAUGUUAAAAUUCUUUCCUUCAGUCCAUGCAUGCUUACAAAUUUUAAUGCAAUGAGAUCAAUUUCCCAGCGCAAUUACAUUGUUGGAGACAUACGUACAAAACUUUUCCCUUCAAUCAAAGAGUGAUCAUAUAUUGUAAUAAAAUGUGUUCACUUGUCCAAUGCAACAACAUCGAUGGAGGCUUACGCAAAAUAUUGUUACUGUUAAAAUUGUUUCCUUCAAUCUCUGGAUGCUUACAAAUUGUAAUAAAAUGUGUUCUAUUGCCAAGAACAACUACGUUAUUGGUGACAUACCCACAAAACUUUGCCCUUCAGUCACUGAGUGUUUAUAUAUUGUAAUAAAAUGUGUUCACUUGUCCAAUGCAACUACAUAUACAUCGAUGGAGGCUUACGCAAAAUAUUGUUACUGUUAAAAUUGUUUCCUUCAAUCCAUGGGUGCUUACAAAUUGAAAUGAAAUGCGUUCUAUUGCCAAGCACAACUACAUUAUUGGUGACAUACCCACAAAACUUUGCCCUUCAGUCACUGAGUGUUUAUAUAUUGUAAUAAAAUGUGUUCACUUGUCCAAUGCAACUACAUGUACAUCGAUGGAGGCUUACGCAAAAUAUUGUUACUGUUAAAAUUGUUUCUUUCAAUCUCUGGAUGCUUACAAAUUGUAAUAAAAUGUGUUCUAUUGCCAAGAACAACUACAUUAUUGGUGACAUACCCACAAAACUUUGCCCUUCAGUCACUGAGUAUUUAUAUAUUGUAAUAAAAUGUGUUCACUUGUCCAAUGCAACUACAUAUACAUCGAUGGAGGCUUACGCAAAUAUUGUUACUGUUAAAAUUGUUUCCUUCAAUCUCUGGAUGCUUACAAAUUGUAAUGAAAUGUGUUCUAUUGCCAAGCACAACUACAAUAUUGGUGACAUACCCACAAAACUUUCCCCUCCAAUCACUGAGUGUUUAUAUAUUGUAAUAAAAUGUGUUCACUUGUCCAAUGCCACUAAAUUGCUGGAGGCUUACGCAAAAUAUUGUUAAUGUUAUAAUUGAUUGCUUCAAUCUCUGAAUGAAUACAUAUUGCAAUAAAAUGUGUUCAAUUGCCUUAUGCAAAUAAAUCACUGGAGAAGUACCGGUACUUACAAAAUUGUUAAUGUUAAAAUUAUUUCCUUCAGUCCAUGAGAGAUUACAAAUUGAAAUGAAAAGAAUAGUUAUUGUAAUUAUGUUCAAGGCAUUAUGUUCUAUGUUGCAGUUUUCUAUGUCACAGAAAGUAACUUUAUAGUUCUUUGUUAUCAUUCUGUUUUGAGUUAUAUUUGUUCAAAACAAAUACAUUAUGAAUACAUGUUUUUCAUUAUAAUUAUUGUAAGAACAAUAGUGCAAUAAACAUGCAUGUUAACACCAA